UAGGCCCCGACCUAGGAGUGGGGAGCCGGCGUCGGACCCGUCAGCAGCCGACGCUUGGGGAGGCCGUGUGGCCGUGUUCCUGAGGAGCGGCGGCUCGGCUGCUCGUUGCCAGCCGGUACCGCGGGCGGGCGGGCGGCCUGGGGCUCCGGCGCCAUGAAGCUGUACUGCCUCAGCGUCCUUUACAAAGGAGAGCCCAAGGCUGUUCUGCUCAAAGCUGCGUACGACGUGUCCUCCUUCAGCUACUUCCAGAGGUCCAGUGUUCAGGAGUUCAUGACCUUUACAAGUCAGCUGAUUGUGGAACGUUCAGCGAAAGGCAGCAGAGCUUCCGUCAAAGAACAAGAAUAUCUGUGCCACGUCUAUGUCCGAAACGAUGGCCUUGCAGGCGUGGUCAUUGCUGAUGGCGAAUACCCUUCCCGAGUGGCUUUUUCCUUGCUGGAGAAGGUACUAGAUGAAUUCUCCAAGCAGGUCGACAGGAUAGACUGGCCGGUCGGAUCCCCUGCCACAAUCUGUUACACAGCCCUGGAUGACUACCUUAGUAAAUACCAGAACCCCCGAGAAGCUGACCCCAUAACUAAAGUGCAGGCUGAACUAGACGAGACCAAAAUCAUUCUGCACAACACCAUGGAGUCUUUGUUAGAGCGAGGUGAGAAGCUAGAUGACUUGGUGUCCAAAUCAGAAGUGCUGGGAAUACACUCCAAAGCCUUCUAUAAAACGGCCCGGAAACAAAACUCCUGCUGUGCAAUCAUGUGAGGCUGGCCAGCAGGGACCCCACAUGGAGACACCCGUCACCCCAUCCAUCACCCCAUCAAGAAACUGUAAAAUGCUGUAAAGGAGAACAUCACAGAGCAGGACCCAGAGUGGAGACAGAUUUUCAUUUUUUAUUUUCAGGUUCCUGGGAGGAACUUGGGGGUGGUCAAAGGGCUCUGGGGGAUAGGGGCAUGUUGAAAUUUGUUAUGUCUAGUUGUAAAUUUUUGGAAAGAUAAUUUGAGGCCCCAAAAGUGUAUUUUGGGACCAAAUGAAACCAUAAACACUUACUGACUCCUGUAGAUGCUGAAGGCACAAGUCUCAGUUGACCCCCUGGGAAGGGGUUGCUGGGCCCUGCCAGGGCCCCCCCUCCCCAGGAAGGUCAGAACCAGUUCUUUAUUCUCAGUUAUGUCUUUGGGUUUUAUUUGUACCUUAAUUAUAAUAAUACUAGACAAUCCCUCCUGAGAGCAGGAGGGCGUUCCCGAUGACCGUGGGACCACGGGGCUGGGGAGGGGCCAAGCUUCAAGAUAUAAAGCCUCCCCUGGGCCAUUCAGGGACUCCAGAGCAGCGUCCAGUGGAAGGGAACAUCCUGUCACGAUUUCCUGCGGUUGCACGGCAGUGGAUGCCUACUCCAGAUUCCUGUUACAGAGGCUUUGUUCUCGUUUCUGCUGAGAUUGGCUUCCUGCCAAGGGCAGACCCAUCCUAAGCAACUUUUCCAUCAAGUACCACAAAGAUGACUUCAGUAGGAGGCGCUUGAGAAGAGCCAAGAUACACACUGUAGUACGUGGCAGCGGCCAUCCCAGCCUGCAGGGUGGGAAUUAGCCCCAGGAAAGGAACUGUUUUCAAAAGUGUUGUGGAUGGUCAGCUGGAAGUUGGUUUCUUCAGGGGAAAUCCAAACACAAGUGCACUUUGAGCUGCCUGGUGUGGCAUCUGCCUUGAGUUGUAAUUUGAUUUUACUUUGAACAUCUGGAUCAAAGCAGCGUAUCCUGUCAUCUCUCAAAGCUGAUUUUUAUUUGCACUGAAAGUUCUUCAGCCCCUCUGGUGACAUGACUGUCUUGGCAACCGCCUGGGGCCUGUGCAUCCUAACAAGUGAGAGGGUCUCUCCCUGCUUUCCCUGGACAGUUCAGCCUGGGCUUGGGGAAGGUGUCAGGUGGCCUCUGAGCUAUGGCCGGCACUGGCCUGUCAAGGGGUUGGGUAUGGGCCCUUCCUGGUGGCAGGGCCGCCUGGCUUGCAGAGUGGAGGCUUGCAGAGCCUCCCUGGGCUGGGAAACCCUUUUAGCCAUGAUCUGAGCCCUCCCAGCCCCAGCCAACCCAGCAGGCGGCCAGCGCCUACGCUGAGGCCCAGUACAAUAAAUGGGCACAAAGCAACCAGUGAGGUGGGCCCAGGAGGCUCCGUGGGGCCCUUAGCCUGUCCAAGCCCAUAAGCUCCUCAGCCCCGGCCCCAUGUUCCAACCUGCCUAUUUAGACCCUGACAUGCUUUCUGAGGACGUGUGCUCAGGAUGCACCCUUGGGAUCCUUUCCCCACUGGAACUGGCCGAAGUUCAAACCAGUUGCUCUCAUACUUGUGAGCCCUUUCCUUGAGGCUUGCCUCACUUGUCCCGCUGGUUCCUACCCUACCCCAGGAGGUCCUACAUGCCCCACAGGAAGUGCCUGGCAGCCCUGAACUCACCCCUGUGGGCCAGGGUCUGUCAGCAGGAUAGAAUCAGAGACAUGGGCUGAGGGCCUUUGUGUUCUCAUUCGGCUUGCCACUGUCCUGGCCAGAGGGCUUCGGUCUCUGCCUAAAAGCAGCCCACCCAUGUGGUUCCCUACUGCCACGAGCCACCCUCAAUCAGGGUGAGAGGGUUGCCGUCUGCCCCUCCUCACAGCAUCUGCAUGCGAGUCCCUGGGAGGUGACAUGAGCCCUGUUUACUGUUGGUCCUAGUGCCUGAAAAGGGGUGUUGGCCUUGUGGUGGGCCCCGGGUGGGUUCUUUGCAUCUAACUUUUGUCUGGGCCUGGAUCAAAAGGAAGAGACAAACAUUGGGCCUCUUUCCUUCCCCCACUGUGGAGGACAUUGGGGGGGUUGUGAAUUUGGGGGAAGAGGGAGUGAGGUCUUCACCCACAUCUCCUUCCCUUCCAUGAGGAGGUUGGCAUGGGGGUCAGCCCCCUUGACCAUGCAGACAAACCAGCAGGGCAGCCCGGGGGGAGGGGUAGGCUUGGUCCUGGCGAAGAGGGCUGAGGCUGGGGCCAGCCUGGGUGACAGAGGCCUGGUCUCCGUAGUUGCUGUUGCCUCUUGUGUGCUGAUGUUAAAUCACUUGGCAAAGCAUGUGUUUUAAUAAUUGCUGCCUAGCUUUUCUCUGUGUUCUGUUUGAGAGGUUUCUGUCUGGAUAAAGUUGUCUUUUGAAAUUC